AUUUAGGAUCCACUUAACUGUUGAACUCUAUGAUAAACCAGCAACUGUAUCACUAGGUUUAGAGGACAGAAUUUUCAGAUAACUAACUAGUUGCAUUGCUCUUACCAUGUCUGAUGAACCUGAACUUACAGAAUGGCAAAAAUACCUUUUAGAUGAAGACACAGACAUUGCUAUCUGUCAGAAUGAUCUGAAGGCUUUUGAAAGACGGUUGACUGAAGUUAUUGACAAACUGCAGCCAGCAGCCAGGUUUUGGCGAAUCAUUUUGAUCAUCAUCUCAGUAUGUACAGCCAUUGGAGCAUGGGCCUGGUUAUGGGAUCCUGCCACUGCUCAGAUAUCAUUCAUCCAAUCUCUGUGGAACCAUCCUUUCUUCACUAUCAGCUGUAUUACACUGUUUGCACUUUUCAUGUGUGGCAUCCAUAAGAGAGUUGUUGCACCAUCCAUUGUUGCUUCUCGAUGUCGGCAAGUUCUUUCAGAUUAUAACAUGUCUUGUGAUGAUACAGGAAAGCUGAUUCUUUUAAAACCAAGACCUUCAAUAUGACACAUGGAGAUUUAGAAAAUUUUAAACUUUUGAUGGCCAAUUUCAUUGUUACUGGAUUUUUUAUUCUGAAAUCCUGAAUGAUUUUGUCAUAAUAUAUUUUUAUAUAUACAUACACACACAUACAUACAUAUCACACACACACACACGUGUAAUAUACAUACACACACACACAUGUAAUAUACACUUACAUACAUAUAUACACAAGUGUAUUUAUAUAUAUAUGUGUGUUAUACACAACAUGGUUAAAUGCUGUAUUCUUUUGUAUAAAACCCCAGAGUGCAUAAUAUACACUCACAAAAUGUUAAGAGUAUGUAGGUAUGUAUGUAUGCAUGCAUGAAUGUAGGUAUGUAUGCAUGUACGCAUGUAUGAAUGCUUGUAUAU